AUGGCCAUUGGAGCUGCAUUUGGAUUUGCAGCAAGACCAACAUGGUCAGUAGGGGCAACUACUCGCCAAAGGGCCAAUUGGGUGUUUAACCCUUUGGCAUCCUCUUCAUACUCUGCACAACCCAUCUCUUCUUCUUCUUCUUCUUCUGAUUCGAGAAAGCUCAUACUAUACUCAAAGCCCGGUUGCUGUUUGUGUGAUGGCCUCAAAGAAAAGCUUCAAGCUGCUUUGUCUCUCUCUGGUCCUCAUUCCCUCCACGAUGUUGAAUUACAGAUAAAAGAUAUUACUACCAAUUCUGAGUGGGAGAGGGCUUAUCAGUAUGAGAUACCGGUUUUGGCCAGAGUGCAGUCUGAUGGCACUGAGGUUGGUGUUUAUCCAAUUUGGUAUUCUAAUUUUGUGAAAUAUCUUCCCAAGAAUGAAUUUUGUGCAUUCGUAGGAGUUCAAUCUGUGCAUAUGGUGUGGAUGAAGAAGUAG